AUGCAUCUUUUAGAAGAACUUAGUAAAUUACAAUUACAACACCUUCAUGAUGAAUGGGUACAGGCAGUAUAUGACUCGGAGUUUUUGGAGUUCAAAGAUUUACCUAUUGAUUAUCAAAAUGGAGUGGAAUCAUCAGAAAUUAAAUCUAUCUUUGAACAUAUACUCAUGGCCCUCGAUGAUUGGUUAAAUCUAGAUGGAAAUUUAAGUGAGGAGGCAUCUUGGGCGACAUUAUCACAUCAAGUGAAACAUCAAAACUUAUUAGCGCUUUUGGGAUACUACAUUGACUAUGGAAAUAAACAUAUUCUGUGCACUGAGUCUAGAAAAAAUGCAAUUUGGGCAUCUAGGCUGUAUUACAAGUUGUUAUCAGUUCCUGGUUACAAAGCCUACCAUAUUUAUCAUUCACAACUUUUUGCUCAUUCUCUGGAAUGCCUCAGUUAUCCCAAAGCAGUGUGCAAAGAGAGAAAAGAGUUUUUAAACUCCAAUGAUCAUGUCAAAGUGGUUAAUUCGGUUAUCAGAGUGUUAAGGGGGUUUGUUUAUGACCUGAAGUAUACGAUUGUACACUUACAGCUUACCCCAGCUGAUAUGAACUUUGAGGAUAUCCUAAGUAAUUUGGUUGAUAUUAUUGGAGGUUCUCUUGUCAAAAAGCUAGUAAAUAUAGAUAAAAUAGAACUGGCUAACAUAUUACAGGUUGUCUAUGAGGUCAUAGAUGUUCUAUUAGUAGAUGUGAAUAAGGAACCAGAUGCAGUUGCUAUUAAAUUACUGUACAAAGUCAUUCUUCAGAAACUUGUUGAAGAUACUAGGGAUCACACACAAGUUAAUUUUGUAGGAGGCUAUGUCGCAUACUGCGCGCUUAUUCUCAGCAAGUAUGGCAAAAUAGCUAUCUCAAGCUACAUUCUGCUUUUGCAGCACUUAGCAUAUGCAUUAGAAGGUUUGGAAAAAGCAGAAGUUCGGCAGACCCGAAUACAAUUAGUGGUUGGCUUGAUGAGUUUGUUACCAAAGAAAUCAUACUGCAAUUUUAUAAAAUGGCUUCUCAAGUUAAUGACAACUACGAAAGUGCCUCAUAGACAAAUAGCUAUGGAGAUUUUAGCGCAGUUAUUACAGAAUGAUUCAGAGAAACCAUCUUCAGACUCGGGGAUGGAAAGCCGUAAAACCUCAACUGAAGAUGAUGCCGAUGGAAAUGAACAGAACAAAGAAGCUAUAUCUGAUCUUGAUCAGGAUAAUAUGGCUAUAGAAGACGACAGUCAGUCUCAAUCGUCAAUAUCAGAGUUUGAUGCUGAAGCCGCUGAAGAGGAUAUUUCCAGCCUACUGAAUCAGCGCCGUCACUGUGUCCCCCACGGGGAUAUAAUUUGUGCGAUACACGAUCGACUGAGCGAUGUAUCGGGCGCAAUGCGCGGGCGCUCCCUCGCGCUUCUUACCGACUUGCUCGAUUCCAACCAUAUGCCCAUCAAAGAAGCUAUAAGGGAUUUAAGCGGCGAUGGGCCACAAUGCCGUUUAGCUAAGGCUGGGACUCGUUGUGCAUCAGACGAACGUGCUGUUGUGCGGAAAGCCGCUGCCUCGCUGAUACACCGCCUUCUUGUGAAGAAUCCUCAUCCUUCACAUUAUUCGACACUAGUGUCGCUAUGCCGUGAUGCCAGUAUUAUAGUGCGCGGAACAGCUGUCAACGCACUUGCUGAUGUUGCUCUCAACAACCCCACGGAAACAUCGCUAAAUGCAUUUAUAACUGGACCUAUGCAUCAGCUAUCAGAUCCGGAGGCUAAGAUACAAGAGCAAGUUAUGAAUCUAAUUCGUGCCUUCAUCGUUACUCCACUGCAAAGGUUCGAUCCGGCACAAACAGAAGAGGGCUUACCCUGGAUAUUCCUAGAGGGCAUUGUCAAGUUUAAUUUGAGGAAACACCUCCAGAAAGCCUGUGCGGUGCUCAUCAAAUCUGGAAAGUGUAUCAACCACCGCCUCAUAGACUUGGUGAGCACGCACCUGGGCGUAUUGUCAGACGCACGCGACCUACAGUGUCUCGUCCUCCUGACGUGCGUGGCCCGCCACGUCGAGUACACAGAUGUGGCUUUCUUCAUACAGUAUUACUACAAAUUAACGGCCGAGACGCAGGACCUCGAGCGGGACAAUCGUCUGGUUCCGCUGACGGUGGAAUUGUUGUCCGCAUGGUCGCGUUACAUUGAGAACGCACCAAAGCAACUCUUGCGCGAACAUCUCAUCGCGCGAUUGGCUACUUCGCAUGACAGUGAGUGCCGACCAGCUUGUGUUUCGCUUGCAGCAAGUCUAGAUCCUGGCGAUUUGCAGUGGGCCACCGAUUUAAUGAAAUUAUCGGAGCGUCGAGCUCUAAGUGGUGGGUCUGUUGGAGACUGGUUGCGGGCUGCCGAUUUUUCGCUUCUAGCGCCCGACCCGCCUUCACCAGCGAUACUUGAUCUCUUCGUUGCUGCUUUACAGUCACCGCCACCUGAUUGGGGCGAUGUGGAGCGUGGUGAAUGCGUGGCCGGGGUAGGGCGCCUCUGCGUUCGGUCGCGCGAAGCAGCCGCCGUGUCUGCACCUCACUUGGCUUCGCUGCUGCGGGAUCCUGCUGCGCCGCUCUGCGCACGGUUGAACUCACUAUUUGCGCUCACUGACAUUUGUACAAGGUAUACGUGUAUAGUAGAGCCGCUACUGAAAUCCAUGUGUGGAUGCUUAGAUGUAGACACGCCUAGCGGGCUGCGUCGGGCAGCCGCUAGGGCCCUAACUCGACUACUUCUUGGCGGAUUCUUACGACUUGGGACACCUCUAUACUAUAGGUACUGCGCGUUACUAGCAGACGAGGACCUGGAGGUGCGUGAACCUGCAGAAUAUUACGUAACAUGCUGCCUCACUGUCAAUGUUAUUUAUCACCAUUUUGUCGACUGUGUUAUCUACUAUAAUAAGAUUGAAGAUACCUUGGGAUUCGAUGCCAGACAGCUGAUUUACGAUGUAAUGCUGCAACGUAUGUCUCUGGUUCAACGGCUGAACAUUCAAUGUCGGCUCGCGAGGGAAGUCCUUCAGAAUGCUGCCGACGAGAUCGAAGAGUUGCGCGAUGAUGAAGAGCUUCCAGGGCCACUCAAUGCUUCACUUUUGGACACAAUUACAUUGCUUUGUGGACCUCGAAUGAAGCUUCCGAAAAAACCAGAAAAAUCUGGCGAUGCUGACCUAGAAGAUCUACAAGAAAGGAUUACUACGAACAUCGUGUCUCAUAAAAUGAAGCGAACUGUAGCGGAAGUGUUAGUGCCGGCUGUUCUGCGUCUCUAUGCACGCUUACGUACCCGUGGCGGGCAACUAGCCACAUACAUCGUUCGCAUCGCCACAGAUCUACAUAACGACUAUCGACAAGAGAUCGAAGAGCUGAUCCAAGAGGACGAAGAGCUCGUAGAAAGGGUGCGACACUUCCAAGAGGCGAUCGGUUUAGAGUCCUCUGCAGGAAACAUUAGGAAUCUCGUGACCAUGUCUGCACCGGCCGACCCCGAAACACCGCGUGCGCCACGCAAAAGACAAACCGAGAGAAAAAGUUUUACGCACACGCCAAGAAAACGAGCGCUUAAAAUAUAA